UUUUGGAAAAAAAAAAAAAGAAAAAAAAAGGAAAACAAAAAAAAUGAAAAAGGUGCUUCUAUUUUGAUAAGUUGCUUACUCUUCCUGCUACUCUGCUGCCUCACAGCGCUUGGCAUUCGGAAUAAAUGACUGAUACAAGAUCCCGUCGUACAGGAAUCCAACUGCAUGGGAGAUGAAUGCUGCAGGGAAGCAGCUGCCAACCCAACUAGAUCGCCCGGUCAGCUUGUUUGUACCAACUUGGACUAAAACUGGUUUUGCACAGCUGUAUAAUGAAGGUUCAGAAAAUGCUAUUGAUGUACGACUCAGACUCACUAAAGAUGCACUGACCAUUCAGAAGCAGGACGUGGUUUGUGUCAGUGGAACCAACCCAAGUUCCAAUCGCAGAACUGUUACACUUCACAGAGACCCCGUUGGAGGAUUAGGCCUAAGCAUCAAGGGUGGAGCACAACAUAAAGUACCUGUUGUUAUAUCCAAAAUCUUUAAAGAUCAACCAGCUGAUCAGAGUGGGUUACUGUUCACAGGCGAUGCACUCAUGCAGGUGAAUGGGAUAAAUGUUGAGAGUGCAACUCAUGAAGAAGUGGUCCACUUACUACGGAAUGCUGGAGACGAGGUCACCAUUACAGUUUACUAUUUCAAGGAAGCGCCUUCAUUUCUUAAACUCCCACUAGGCUCUCCAGAUCCACCGAGUGACCACAGCAGUGGCACUUCAUCUCCUCUCUUUGAUAGCGGUUUACAUUUAAAUGGAAAUUCUUCAAACACGGCCCCCUCUUCUCCAUCCUCUCCAACAAUUAAAGAAUCUAAAUAUGAAAAAAGAUGGAUUGACGAGCUUUCAAUUCCAUUACUGAUGGCUCGAAUUUCACGGUUCAAGGCUUCAUGUGUGAAGUUAAGACCUAAUUCAUUUGAAAUGCUGGCACAGGAUGGAGUAGGCUCGGGGACUCUCCAAUUUCAAUCAGCACAUGACAGUGCAGACUGGCUACGAGCAAUAUCAACUAACAUUGGCGAUCUAAUAUUACAACAUAUGAAAAUGACGAACAAAUGUUAUUCGCCAUCUGAUCAGAUUUUGCACAUGGGAUGGGUGAGUGAGAAGGUACAAGGAUCGGAUGGAUCACAUGUUUAUAAAUUCAAAUUCCUUGUCCUGAAGGGGUCAUCGUUCUACAUCUUCAAGACACCACCAGUUAGCACGCUUGACUGGGUACGAGCUGAAAAAAUGUAUAACCUCUGUGAGGUUCUCUUUAAAGUUAGCAAGGUUUGGCCUGCUGAUGAAAUCUGGAUUCAAGAAAAUCUCUAUUUAAAUAUCAGUCAGAGUGAAGAUUUUGAAAAUCAGCGACCGUACUGUUUUAGUGUUUUGGUUGGUUAUGGAAAAAGCCAUUACUUCAGCACGGAGUUGGGCAGUGAUCUGCCAGUGUGGGAGAGAUUGUUUCAGAAAUCGAUCUUCAUGGAAGUGCAAAGAGCCGGAUCCAAAUCAUAUGUGUGCAAUAGUCAAGGAGAAGUUGUUUGUUUCACUGUCGACUUUAUAACAGGAUUUACCUGCUUUGACAGCAAAUCAAAGAGUAUAAUUUGGCGGUUUAAGUUUUCCCAGUUGAAAGGCUCUUCGGACGAUGGAAAAACUCGCGUAAAGCUGCUUUUUCACAAUUCUGACACAAAACAAAUUGAGAUGAAGGAACUUGAAUUUCAGGAUCUCACGGGUGUUUUACACUGCAUUCAUUCUUUCAUUGCUGCUAAGGUUGCAUCUAUGGACCCAACGUUCAUAAACAGCCAAAGUGCUGCAAGAAAAUACAUCUACAACACGUAGAUCUAAUGGAAACAAUGUUCAGAAGAAAGUUAUUUUGCUAUGGGAUUUAUUUCAUGCACAAUUUCUUUUAAUGACAGAAACUUUCAGAAUACAAAAGAUGAUAAAAUUUUCCCCCAACACCCGUCUGUACAUUUCUCUCAUGUUUGUUUUAUGUAAAUGUGUAUCAUGAAACAAAUUAAAGCACAUUUUUUUCCUACUUCUAAUU